GCGCGGAGAGGUCAUCGGGCGGCGCCGGGGACGUCAUCGGGCGGCGCCGGGCACGCGGUGAUGGGAAGGCGGCGCGGGGUGGCGGCGGCCCCGGGAGCGGCCGGGGAGCUACCGCCGGGCCCUGGAGCUACCGAGGAAGGGCCCGGCCCCGGCCCCGGGGAAGCCCCGGGGGCGGCAGCGGCCGUGGCCGCGGCCGCGGCCAUGGCCCGGCCAGCGCGGAGAGCCGCCAAGGGGCGGAAGGAAGCGGCGGCGGCGGUGAUCCCCCGGGGCAGGCCCAAGUCGGGGCGGGUGUGGAAGGACCCCGGGAAGAAGAGGUUCUCACACAUGAUCCAGGACAAGCCCCUUCGCACCUCCUGGGAGCAGAAGAUGAAGGAGCGGCGUGAGAGGAAGCUUGUCAAGGACCUGGCGCGGCAGCUGCAGGAGGGGAAGCAGAAGGAGCGAGCGGAAAAGAAGCGGAGGCGGGAGGAGAACCUGAAACGGCGCCUGGAGAACGAACGAAAAGCAGAGAUUGUGCAAGUGAUUCGGAACCCACUGAAGCUGAAGCGGGCAAAGAAGAAACAGCUGCGGCGGGUGGAGAAGCGGGACACGCUGGCCCUGCUUCAGAAGGCACCCGUGCGGCGCAAAGUGGCAGCAGAAUGAGACUGGCGCCUAUGGAGAGGGCACUGGGCUGCAGGACAGAUGCACUAUCCUGGCCUUGGCCAGCCUGCUGCUCCACCAGGCUCAGGCAGCUGGGCUUCCCUCAAAUCCCACUCCUCUCUGGCGCUCCAGGGAUGUUUCCUUGGCUGUGUCGGCAGGAGAUGCUGCCCAGGCCUUUGGUAUCGGAUGGAGAGAGGGACAGAGCUGGUGUGGGCUACGCAGUGGGGUGACCAUCAGAACAGGCUGCUGGAUCUCUCCUUCCCUGUGAAGUCGUGAUUUUGUUGAUGGGCUGGGACAGGGCUGGAUCUUGCCUUGCACUGGAAUGAGAACUGCUUCAACUGCCCAAAUGUGCCUUUUCUUUUAAAAAGGGAGCGUGAAGGGAUCUGGACUUGCCUCUAAGGGCUUGGGGUGGGGGAAGUCUGAUAUUUCCAGGACAAGCUGCUGCUCAGGGCCUUCGCUCUGCCAGGUACUGAGUGAUCUCUGGGCUGGAGCAGAUCUUCCUGGAGGCGCCGAACACCAAGGCUAAGGGGGCUCUCCUCGUCCUGCUGGAGCCUGUUGUGUGGGGUGGAGGGGGGAAGUGAGUUCAUUUUUGCUGUGGUACAGAGCUCACAAAAGGGGAAAGCACAAUUCA